GGAGAAGCACACGGCAUACAUGAUACAACCAAGUACUGCUCGCUCCUUGAAAAUCGCAACCAAGCAAAUGCCAUGGCCUGGCCCCAGCACGACUCUUCACAUUACAACUCUUCCAAUUCGACUGUAGCGUUCUUGACUUUCGAGCUCUCUUCAUCUCAACGCCAGAUAUAGCAGCCGCCGCGAAGGCACGCAGAGAGAGAGAGAGAGAGAGAGAGAGAGGAAAAAUGGCGAAUCAGUUGGAGAGCUUGGUAGAGUCUAUAAAGUCGAAGGUCCGAUCUCUGAAGAAGAAAUCGUCGAAGAAGAAGCCUUAUGUCAAGAUGGACAAGAGCGCCAGCAUCAAGGUCGAGAUCCGCAGCCGCCAGACUCGCAAACUCAUCGACAAGACUCUCAAAGGCGCCGAUCGCCCUGGCAAGCGUAGCAUUUCCUAACACUCUUCUUUUUUUUUUCUUUUCCAUCGAAUUGAUCCUUAUAUCUAUAUAGACGCAUCUAGUUCGGCGGAGAAAUAGCGUUAGGAUAUGGCUGAUUCUGUGUUUUCCGGGCGCCGGUUGUGCCGAUCGUCGGCGGUGUUAGGGAUUUGGGACAGUUUCGGUGUUGUUGCGAAAGGCUCAAUUAAAAAAGGAAAAGCAAUAAAGAAUCUCGCGUAAAGUUAAUCAAUCGUGUUCGUGUUGUUGUUUUUGUUUAAUUAAUUAAUUAAUUUAUUAUCUGAGAUUUCCCGGUUACAUAAUUUAUUAUUAUCCUGCCUUUA